AUGGCUAUCCUACCGUCCUCGUUGCAAGCCGUUCCUCUCCCAAGCCUGCUCCAGUCCAUUGGCAUUAUUUCCUUAAUCCUCGUUCUCACACCCCUCCUUAUCCUCCUCUACAACGUCACCCUGCACCCCCUCAGCUCCUACCCAGGCCCCCUCACCCACCGCGCCUCCCGCAUCCCCUGGGUCCUCGCCCUGCAAAAAGGCCACCUCCACACCCACCUCCUCACGCUCCACAACAAAUACGGCCCGAUAGUCCGCAUCGCUCCCAACGAACUCUCCUACACCGAUCCAACAGCAUGGAAAGACAUCUAUCUCAACCCGCGCAUCAACCGCGCGGACCUGUGGUUCCGCAAACAGAACCCGCAAGAGCCGUACAGCAUCAUGGGCGCGAACGAAGACGCGCACGCGAAGUUUAAGAGGGCGUUUAUGGGCGGGUUUUCGGACCGCGCGACUAGGGAGUGUGCGGGGACGAUGGAGGGGUAUGUUGGGGCGAUGAUAGACAAACUCCGAGAGCUUUGUACGAGGGGGCAAGGGGAGACGGUCGUGGAUAUGGUGCAGUGGCUCAACAUGGUGACCUUCGACGUCUCCGGCGACCUGAGCUUCGGGUCGUCGUUCGGGAGCGUCGAGAACGGCAAACCGCACGCGUGGGUCGAGAUCUCGAAUCAAUUCGGCAAGGGCAUCGCGCUCGUGGCGAGUCUGAAUCACUACCACCUCGGCCUGACGAAGUUGUUGCGGAAGAUGAUGCCCGCGAAGACGAUGGAGCGCAUGGCGUGGCAUAAGCAGUUGACGCAUGAGAAGGUCCGUGAGAGGUUAAGGAUGAGCGAGGGCAGGAAGGAUUUCGUGCAGUGUGUAUUGGAGUAUAAUCGUGAUGGCUCCGUGCAGGAGAAAGGACGGACGUGUACCGAGGAGGAAAUCGAACUGAACAUGUCUGUCCUCGUCUUUGCUGGGAGCGAUACCACCAGCACGGCGAUCGCGAGUACGUUGUGGUAUCUCAUACGGAAUCCAGAAUGGCUGUCCAAGGCCGUGGAGGAGGUUCGGGGGACGUUUUCCCGGGAAGAGGAUAUCCGCAUGGUGACGACGAGUAAACUGGAAGUUUUGAACGCCGUGAUCAGCGAGGGCAUGAGACUCGGUCCGCCCAGCGCCGUCACGGUGCCUAGAAUCGUCGGGAAAGGAGGAGAGGUCGUCUGUGGGAGGAGGGUGCCUGAGGGGACCCUCCUCUCCCUAAACCAAUACCCCAUCUUCCGCUCCGCCACCACCUUCCCCGCCCCCAACACCUUCGACCCCUCGCGCUUCCUGGGCUUGUCCCGCGAGAAAUCCUCUGCGGCGUUCUACCCGUUCCUGUUGGGACGGCAUAGUUGUCUCGGGGAGAAGUUUGCGUGGGCGGAGAUGAGGGUGCUUUUGGCGAGGUUGUUGUUUGGGUUUGAGUUGAGUCUCACAGGUGGUGAGGGUGAGGGGGUUGAGGGGAGGGGGUUGAGGGAUUGGGGAGAGCAGAAGACGUUUAUCUUUUGGCAGAAGGAGAGGUUGGGGGUUAGGUUGCAGGUUGUGUGA